GUUUGCUUGGCACAGCUGCAAUUUAUUCACUUUAUCGGGCAUUGUUAACGCGCACUAAACAAUCUCCGAGCAGAGAAGAAGCGCUUUCCAGAUUUUACGAUUGAAUUCUGCCUGCGCUCGCUGAAGCCUUUUUUAAUCCUGCUUUUAAUCUGCUUAUAUGAUUUUGACCUCAAUUGUUUCUCAAGACCCGUACCCCUCUUUAGACCAGGUCAGGGUCAAUUCAAGUGGUCACCAGGCAUACAUAGAACAUUCAAGACUAAUUCUAGCAUUAGACAACUGAUUCUUCUCAGUCUUCAGGCCACUUGACCCCGAUCUAUUUACCCAGUCUCACUCCAUCGCGAGCAGGCACAAGAUAAUAGAUGCGAUAUGUGGGGAUUUGCAAGUUUGCAACGCUCCAUAGUACAAUACCGGCAAGUGCCUGGGCCAGGCGCCUAGGUCGUUCUCCUCACGGCUUUUUACCUUACGUAAAGGCUACUGUACCGGCCGUUCACCUAGCCCACACCCGCCCAGUAACUGGGUUCAUCUUCGCUACAGUUAAUAGACGGGCGCCGGAGCUGUAUCCGCCCGUUGUGCAUCCCAAGGCAGAGACUGAGGCAGGGGUAAAGGGUCGGGGCAAAGGAAAGAAAAAGAAGGCCAAUCAGAUGGCCAAGUCCAAGGCCAAAAAGGAGGCAAAUGCUCACAGCCAACCUGCUGCUUGUGUUUCCGUCGGAGCCUUCAUUGGCGGGAAAUCUAAAUCCAAGGUGGGAAAACUCUCAAAGAAACAAAGGAAAAGAGUUGCCGCCGCCGCCGCCGCCAUGCCUUCACAAAUGCAGGCCGACUCUACUGGACCUCAUGGGACAUCCUCCCAAGGCUCAGCUCUCUCAGAGUCCGCUCAGCCUUAUCCAGCCUCGGCUUGGAACAAUGGCACGUUGCGUAUGGGUGGGGGAAACUUUGAGGUUGAUCAGAACGGGUUUCCUACGGACGCCUCCAGCCCAUUUCCAGGACUCAACCCACCGACGGGCAACUUUGGAACUCUUGGUUUCAACCCACUGGCACCUCCUUUCACACAGCAACUCCCUCGGGGAUUACCCCGAGGCCGUGGAGGCUCACACCAGACGCCCAUUUCAACGAGAAAUGAAAGGAGACAGAAGAACCAUGGCAAACAUGACCAGCAGAAGAUAACUCUGCCGCCCUCGGCCGCAUCGGGCGGUGUCCCAAAUCCCACCCCGGAGUACCUGAAUCUCGCUUCCGAGAAGCCAAUCCGCCUCGAAAGCCCCAAGCCGAUAUUGAUCGUCCUGGACCUCAACGGCACCCUCCUCUUCCGCCCUUCCCGGAAUCCACAGGCCUUCGUCGCCCGACCGCACGCUCUGACCUUCCUCAACUACCUCCUCUCGCGCUUCUGGGUCGCCGUCUGGUCCUCGGCCCAACCAGCCAACGUCGGCGCCAUGAUCGACAACCUGAUCAAGGACAAGGAGCAGCGGGACCGUCUCGUCGCCAUCUGGGGCAGGGACAGGUUUGGGCUCAGCAGCCACGACUACGCUCAGCGCGUCCAGGUCUACAAGCGGCUCACCCGACUGUGGGUGGAUCCAGACGUUGCCGCCUCGCAUCCCGGCAUUGCCCAGGGCGAGCGCUGGGACCAGAGCAACACCAUCCUCGUCGACGACUCAACCGAGAAGGCUCGUAGCGAGCCGCACAACCUCGUCCGCGUGCCCGAGUUUGUCGGCGACCUCAAUGAAUCCCCCGAGGUUCUACCCCAGGUUCACGACUACCUCAACGAGCUCAGCUUCCAGAGGAAUGUCAGUAGUUAUAUGCGUGCCACACCUUUUGUCAUGCAGUGAAGGAGUGGGCCGAGAAAGUAAUUCUGGAAUUUCAGUCUCGUUCAACCCUCUUUCGCAUUAAAGGUUAAUACGAGGGGAGCUAUUGUUUCUAGGACAUUUCCAUCGUCUACCCAUAUUUUCUUUGUUUUUUGGGCGGAUGCAACGAUAUGCACUGGGCUUACCGCUCCGAAGACUUGAACCUUGAGGCUGAGAGAUCGAGUGUACUGCAAGAGCCGUCAUCUGGAGUGGUUGAUACAAGCGGGGAUGCUAUCAUUUACCUUGAAGACGUUGCUUGCAUGCUCGCAAGAAUUAGGUGUACCAUUUCUCACAAGGACUUGAGGAAGAACUCAUUAGAAUUUGAAAACAGAAAACAUCAUCACUGGGGACUGCAUCACUGAUUACUCUGUUGGCGAAAGAUCGUGACAUAGCAAAGGUAUCUACCGAAAAUGAUAACAACGCUAGUAUGCCCUUACACCACA